GCCUCUUGAGGUGCAAACAUACCGAAACUAAAUAUUUUUCAAAACCAGCAGAGAACCAGUUAUGUUCAGCAUAUUUUUAGCGCUAAGCCUCAGCCUUUUGGCGGCCGCUUACUACUGGUUGCGCCAGCAUUUUAGCUUUUGGGAAAGGCGUCGCGUGCCACACAUACCAUCCACACUGAUUGUGGGCAACAUUUUCGAUCUACUCCGUUAUCGUUGCUGUUUCGGCGAACAAUUUGAGCGGCUCUACAAUCAUGAAGCCGCCAGCGGUCAAGACUUUGUGGGCAUACAUGUGCUGCAUAAUCAUGCGCUGCUGCUGCGUGACCCUGCGCUUAUCAAGCGUGUACUGGUAAGCGAUUUCAGCGCGUUUGCGAGCCGCUUCGAACGCAGUGACCCGGUAGGCGAUGCCAUGGGCUCGUUGAAUUUAUUCUUUGCGGAAUACGAUGUAUGGAAGGAGAUACAUAAUAUCUUCUCGCCGCUGUUUGCUCAUGGCAAGGUGAAGCAAAUGUAUCCGCUGCUGCAAGAGAUUGGCGGUAAGCUGGAGACGCAUAUGAACGCUUGGAACUUUACAGCUGACGAUGCGUGCGCGGCGAUCGUUGAGGUAAAGGAGUUGUGUGCGCUCUUCACCACCGACAUCAUAUCCUCACUCGAGUUCGGCAUCGCAGCUAACAGUUUGGCGAAUCCGCAAGCUGAAUUCCGACGCAUGUGCGUUGAAGUGAAUGAGCCACGUCUCUGGCGUCUACUACAUCUCUUUACCAUAUUCUUCGUGCCGGAGCGGGUCCGGCUCGUACGCGCACAUCUUUACUCAGCAGAGUAUGAGAAAUUCAUGCGUACCUCCAUCGAGUAUGCGAUUGCGGACCGCAUGCGUACUGGCAACCAACGCAACGAUCUCAUCGAUAUAUUUAUCGCGCUGAAGCGUCAAGCUGCCAACGGCGCAAAGGACAGCGUACUGAACCAACCUGAUUUCUUUGUAGCACAGGCCGCUUUCUUGUUACUAGCUGGCUUCGACACGUCCUCCUCGACAAUCACAUUCACGCUCUAUGAACUCGCCAAGCAUCCCGAGUUGCAGCAGCGUUUGCGCGCCGAGCUGCGUGAGGCGUUGCUGAAAUGUGGUGGCGCGCUUGAUUAUGACACGAUUUCUAGUGAGCUGGCAUACAUGCGCAUGGUCGUCGAUGAGGUGCUGCGUUUGUAUCCCGCCACUUCAUUUUUGGAUCGUCGCUGUACCGCUGAGCAAGGCUACUUGCUGGAGCAAACAAGCGGCAACUAUCGUAUACCGAAAGGCAUGCCGUUAUAUAUUUCGGUGCUCGCUUUACAUCGUGAUGCACGGUACUGGCCGCGACCGCUCGAGUUUGAUCCGGAGCGCUUCUCACCUGAAAACCGCAAACUACAUGCACCGAUGAGUUAUUUGCCCUUUGGUGCCGGUCCACGCGGCUGUAUUGGCACUUUAUUGGGUUUGCUGGAAGUUAAAACGGGACUUGUGCAUAUUUUGAAGAAUUUUCGUGUGGAGACUUGCGACUCGACUUUGCCAGAAAUGAAAUUCGAGGAGACAGCCUUCGUUUUGGCGCCGAAGGGUGGCGUUUAUUUGCGUUUUGUGAAGGAUAAAAUUUACUGAUGGCAAUAAAUGUGUUAUUUGAGCAGUUAAAAA